GCCGCUGGAUGGAUGGGGCGCCGAGGCGAAGAAAUGGCGGCAUAAUUCGUACAGAGAAGUGAAGUAUGAUGUAGUGAUCAUUAAUGGUCCAUGCAGAGAACUGGUGGGGAGAAAGAUAUCCUUUUGGACGUGGAAUGAGCUUUCUUGAUUGUAGUUGUUGAAAUGGAUUCAGGAGAACACGGUGGUGAUCGUGAUGGGAACCAAUGUGGAUAGUUACUUUAGCGACGUGGAGAAGCUGGAGGAAAUGUAUACUGUGAUUGAAAAAAGCGUGAGAGAAGACCAUAUCGGCUAUGUAGUUCUUGCAAAAAAGGCGUUUUUUGUUUGUUGAUAGAUUAUUCUUUGUACACUCGUUUCCAAUGGAAAAUUAUAAGAAACAGUUCGAUUCCUACAUGGACAUACUGGACGAGAAGUUGAAUUCUAUGCGUACGUGUUAAUGGAUGGUUUUUCUUUUUAGCCUAUGCAGAUAUGAUUAGCAAAAAGGUUAACAUUCGAAAAUGUUAUCUUGCACUUAUUGUGUUCUCAAAUCUCUGUCUUGCUGUUAUUUUCACAUUAGGGCUUAACGUCGUGGGGUAGGUCUUAUUUACUUUCACAAAAUUGUAGAAAUCUCAUUAUCUUUACCUAUCCUGUCUAUUGUUCCUUCGCUGAACUGAAAGCGGGAAUAAUGGAUCACGAAUCGAAGUGGUUGACUUACUGGAUUCUGUUCGCGCUCUCGUGUGUUCUUGAUUCCAUGCCCUUUGUGCACUACAUUAUUCCCUAUUUCUCCUUGGUGCGAUUUGUCUUCCUCUUCCUUUGCAUGAUCCCGCAGGUUGACUUGGCGACAACGAUCUAUGAUAAAGUGAUUGUUCCCAAGAUUUUGGUUGUAGGUUUAUUCUUUAGCCUUGACUGUGUAGAAUGAGAAGAGUGAUUAAAGGUACUUGGUUGAGUGAUUUUUGUUGAUUGUUGUUUGUUGUUAGCAAAGACAUAGAAAUAAUAGUAAUAAUAAUAAUAAUAAUUACUUUUGUGAUGAAGACCGAUAUGAUACACUUUUUUGUAAUCUUCAUGUCCAUGUUGGAUGUUUAGUUUUUGAAUUAUGGAAUAGAGUUCAUAAUCUGAGCAAGAAAGCUAUUCCGCUCACUUACCGAUCAGUAAUUGCAUUGAGGUUCGUUUUGGUCUGGUUUGGAUAAUUACGUAGUGGAAAGGAUGUAGGCACAUUUUUGCAUGGAAUCGCUUCGAAUAAUUUUGAAAAGCCGUCUUCUUCGUUGUUGUUCGCAGCCUUUAUGACUCCCAAGGUAGCACAAAAAGGAUCCUUGUAAAUCUAGGGAAAGCUCUUUUCUGACGCGAUGUGUCACUUCGUUUCACCUACUUCUAUUUUGAUGGAUAUUCCGUCUAGUCAUACUGAGAGUAUGCACUCAAAAUCGCGCUUUCUAUCUAGAAAUGAUGAACUUGUUAAAGUUUUCUGUGCUUCACCAAGAUGUCACGAUAACCAAGCGAGACGACUUGGAAGUGCAUGUCUGUUUGGAUGAUCCAGCUUAUCUGGACGAGAAGAGCAGCAAAAGCGAAGCAAAGGAUCCUCGUUUUCCCAAGCAUUCCGUUUACCGCGGUUAUUCCACGUUGUUUCACAAUAUUUCACUCACCCAGAAAGAAUCAGGCCGACUUGAGCCCUCUCACGGCUCUCUUUCAGUCCUUCGAACUUCUGAAUGGAGUUUGGAGCUCGUAUUAAUGUCCCCUAAUUUCUGAGGAAAUAGGGACUAUUUCCCCAAGUCGCUUUAUUGCGGACACGCAAAUCUGGAUAAACUGAAUGCUGUUAGUACAACGAAGGGUUGUUAUGUGGGUCAGGAAACGUACACGCGAUACAUGCACGCGGUAGAUUGGAGUUCAUUGAGUCAAGCAAAAGCACAAAAAGCCCGAUCGUCUUCUUCCCUUUUUGUUGGUCCCUUCUUCCUGUCCACAUCGUGAUGUCUUUUAUUCCUCCGAGACGGUGUGUAAGCUUCCUUUAGAGCACUUCUUGCAGAAAGGCGAGGUGCAGGUGAAGAGUGGCAGUGCGGUGAUGGAGGAGGGGAAGGAGAUUGGGGAGGUUGUGUUUGUGCAGAAGGAAUUCAACGUGGGAUUGGCGUUGAUUCACGAGUUUGAAGCGGUGAAGGGAGAGUGGCAGAUCGGCGAGGAGAUGCGUGGCAUUCCGGUGCUUCCUUUUGCUU